AUGGCCUCCACCACCGCGCCGCUCCGCCCAUCCCCAGCCCCCGCAGCGGCAGCCGGGCGGAAGCGCUACGCGAUCGUCGGCACCGGCGGGCGCGCGAUAUUCUUCUACACCGCGAUCGCGCGCACGUACUCCGGGACGUCGUGCGUCGUCGGUCUCUGCGACACGAACGCCACGCGCAUGGCGUACGCGAACUCGAAGCUGGCAUCCCUCGGCCACGGCGCCGUGCCGACCUUCGCCGCGGCAGACUUCGACCGCAUGGUCGCGGAGACCAGGCCCGACGAGGUGAUCGUGACGACGAUCGACCGCACGCACAGCCAGUACAUCGUGCGCGCGCUCGACCUCGGCUGCAGCGUCGUGACCGAGAAGCCCAUGACGAUCGACGCGCCGCGGUGCCUGGCCAUCUUCGCGGCCGUGGAGCGCAACCCGGCGCAGCGGGUGCGCGUGACCUUCAACUACCGGUACGCGCCGCACAACACGGCCGUGUACUCGCUGCUGCAGGCGGGCGCCAUCGGCGCCGUCACGAGCGUGCACUUCGAGUGGAUGCUCAACACGUCCCACGGCGCCGACUACUUCCGGCGCUGGCACCGCGACAAGCGCAACAGCGGCGGGCUGCUCGUGCACAAGAGCACGCACCACUUCGACCUCGUCAACUUCUGGCUGCGCACGCGGCCCGCCACCGUGUACGCGCAGGGGGACCUGAAGUUCUACGGGCGGGAGAACGCCGAGCUGCGGGGCGUCCCGCCCUCCGCCAUGUAUGCGCGCGCCCGUGGCAGUGCGAGCGCGAAGGACGACCCGUUCGCCCUGCACCUCGAGGACAGCGAGCAGCUGAAGGCGAUGUACCUGGACGCGGAGCACGAGGACGCGUACUACCGGGACCAGAGCGUGUUCGGGGACGGCAUCAGCAUCGAGGACACGAUGAACCUGCUGGUGCGGUACAAGAACGGCGCCGUGCUGACGUACUCGCUGACGGCGUACGCGCCAUGGGAAGGGUUCCGCGUCAGCUUCAACGGGACGGGCGGACGGCUGGAGAUGGAGGUCGUCGAGAACAGCUACGUGAACUCCGGGGGCGACCAGGCGGCUGAGGGGUCGCUAGAGCGGAGGACGAUCACCCUACGCAAGCUGUUCGAGAAGCCGCAGGAGAUCGAGAUCCCUGAGAGCGAGGGUGCCCAUGGUGGUGGGGAUACUGUGCUAUUAAACGAUAUAUUCGGCGAGCCGACAACCGACGAGUAUAUGCGUGCUGCAAGUCACAUCGACGGUGCCCUAUCUAUCCUAACAGGUAUCGCUGCGAAUAGGUCUAUUGCUACGGGGCAGGUGGUAAAUGUUGACGAUGUGUUGAGAAUACCAUGA